AUGGAUAAUAUAAAUUUUUUUGGUAAAGUUCCAUUGUAUAAUGGAUUCGAAGAUGAUGAAUAUGGAGAUGAGGAAGAGGACGAUGACGAAGGAGAUACCUUAAAUAUUGUAAGAAGAAUUACUCAAGCCACACAAAAAGAUAAUCAAUACCAAGAUCAAGAAGAAGAUGAAGAAGAAGAUGAAGAAGAUGAGGAAGAGGACGAUGAGGAGGAAGACGAAGAGGAGAGUGGAGAAGAAACAUUAGGAUUUAAUACAAACACGACUAAAAAAAAUAAAAAGUCAAAAGAGAAUAAGAAGGGAGACAAUAUACCAACUCAUUUCGUAUUAAGUAAAUAUUUAAAUAGUUUUAAAACUGACGUUAUUAAUGUAGAUAGAUUUAAAACAAAAUUCACUCAAUCAUUAUUAUCUGAAACUAUUAGUCCAAAAUUAGAGUCACUCUUUGCAGAUUUACAGAUUGAUGAUAUAAAACCAGUUACAAGAUAUCAACAUAUUGAAGGUGAAAUUUUAAAAAAGAUCGAUUCCAAUCCCGCAUUAUUACAAUUAAAAAAUAAUAGUAAUAGUAAUAAUUAUAGAGGUUUAUCACUUGGUGGUUUACCUGCAAGUACAAUGUUAGGUAAUGGUGAUGGUGAUGGUGAUGGUGGUGGUGAUAUAAACAAUAUUAAUAAUAUUAAUACAAAAAGAACAUCAAGAUCAUUACAAAGAGAUAAAAAUGGUACUUUAUUACCAUUAGAAUCAAUGAAUUCAACACCAAAAAAACCAAAAGAACCUAAACCACCAAAAGAACCUAAACUACUAAAACCACAAAAAGAACCAAAAGAACCAAAGACCCCAAAGAGGUUUAAAAAAGAUUUGAAUAAUAAUAAUAAUAAUAAUAAUAAUAAUAAUAAUAAUAAUAAUAAUAAUAAUAAUAAUAAUAAUAAUAAUAAUAAUAAUAAUAAUAAUAAUAAUAAUAAUAAUAAUAAUAAUAAUAAUAAUAAUAAUAAUAAUAAUAAUAAUAAUAAUAAUAAUAAUAAUAAUAAUGUUAAUGAAAUUACAAAAAUAAUAAAUAUAGAAGAAUCAAUAUCUAAUAGUGAUUAUAGUAGAAAUGGUUCAACUACAUCAUCAAUUACAACUACACCAACUUUAGAAUCUAUUGAAACAAUUGACGAUUCAAUUGAAGAUGAAAGUGUAAAAACUUUAUUAGGUCUUUCAAAAACUAAUUCUUUACCAACCCCCACCACAACAACCACCACCACCACAACAACAACAACAACAACAACAGCUAGUAUUGAUGAAUCAUUAAACUCAUCUCCAUUAUCAUUACCUUCAACACCGUCAUCAAAUAAACAACAACAACAACAACAACCACAACAACAACUACAAUCACAAUUGCCAAAAACGCCAAUAAGGUUACCAAAACCAUCAUCUGGUAUUAAAUAUAGAGUUAUUCCAUUACCAACAACACAAACAUCAACACCAACACCAACAUCAACAUCAUCAACACCAAUAUCAACACCAACUACACCAACUACACCAGCAAUAGAACUUAAAUCAACUAAAACACCAAAAACUCCCAAAGAACCAAAAACUCCCAAAGAACCAAAAAUACCAAAAUUACCAAAAACUCUUAAAGAGCCAAAAACACCAAAAACACCAAAAACAUCUAAAAAAUCAUCAUUAUCAUUGGAAAAUGAACUAAUUCAAUCAAAUAAAGAAGAUGAAAAUAAUAAAAUGGAUAUUGAUAAAAAUACAGGUAGUAAUAAUGUAAAUAUAAAUAUAAACAAAAACUCAACCACCACACCAACCACAUCAACCUCCACCACUACCACAACCAAUACAAUAACCAAUACAAUCAAUGUAAAUAAUAGUAAAAUUGGAGAAUUUGAAGAGAUGGGAACAACAUUACCUUCAUUAACUCCAAUAGCAUCACAAACACUCUCCCAUAUACCAAUGACAGCAUUAUUAGAUUCUUCACUUUUCCUUAAUAAUGGAAAUAAUAAAAACAAUUCUCAAAAAGAUAAUCAAAAAAUAAUACAACCAUUACAAACACUUUCACCAAUAGCAACACUUGAAUUCCCCAUAUCUACUCCAGCAAAAUCAAAAACAACACCAUCAUCAACAACAUCAACAACAACAAGUAAACCACCUAUUCCAUCAAUAUUAAAACAAAUGGAAAAAUCUACAACUAUUUCAACAGAUUUAACACCUUUAGUAUCACAAGUAAAUAGUACUACAGAAACACCUUAUAUUCAAAUGCCACUCACAGAGGAGUUAGCAUUAGCGCACAAUAACAACAACAACAACAACAACAACAACAACAACAACAACAACAACAAUCAUAAUAAUCAUAAAGACUUUGAUGAAUUAUUAGGAUUAGUACCUAUUUCAGAAAAACUUUCACUUUAUGAUGUUAUUUUAUCAGUGACAAUUUAUCAUCCAGUUAAAUUAAGAAAAACUAUGGAUAUUUUAGUAUUAGGUUCUCAUAAAUUAACAGUAUUAAGAGAUAAAAUUUAUUGUUUAAGUGAUUGUAUUUUAGAUGGUUCAAAUAGAAAGAGUGGAUUUUUUUUUAUAAAUAAUGUAUUUUAUAAUGAUAAUAGAGAUCAAAGAAAUUAUCAAUAUAGUAAGAAUACAUUAGCAUGGUUAAAGGAAAGAGGUAAAGAUAUUUCAAAUUUUAAAGAGGAAUCAAUGGAUGAUGUAACAUUCAAUGAUUUGGAGAUAUCGAUUGGUGAACGUUAUUUAUAUUGUCAUCAAGGUAGUUGUGAACAUUUGGUUACAUUUGAAAGUUUACGUAUGGUUAAUGAAAUGGAUGAUUUGGAACCUUCGAGAUAUCCAAUAAUAACGUAUCAACAAAAAGUUAGAAGAAGAAAAUGCCUAGUUUGUGAUAUUUACGCUGCUAAAUACGUUACAUUGGGUGAUCAAUUUGCUGAUGAAACUCCUUUCUUUUAUUGUGAUGAAUGUUAUAGAACUUUUCAUUAUUCAAAAGAUGGUCAUUUAUUAUAUAGUAAUUAUCAAGUUUUUCCAUAUUAUCAUGAAUAA